GACUCGGAAACCCUCAUCGACGGAUGCGGGAGCCUGAUGUAUUGUUUUGGAAUGGUAUUUAUUCAGUGCUGAAGUCCGUUUAGAUAUUUGUUUGACUGGGAAGAGAUAGACAGAUAGCAUUAGUCAGGUGAUACACAAGAGGAAAUAAUUAACUUAAUUGGUUCAGUGCAUGAAUUAAGUUACUGUUAGCACAGAGGGUUAAACAUUGUAUCCAUCAACCUUUCGCCACACGGUUUUCAUUGCCUUUUACCAGCCUUGAAAUCCGUGUUAAUCAACAUACAUCUAUGACCAAGAAGAUUCAUUCUAAAUACUGAAUUGACAAGAUCUAAAACCAUCAACGUUUAAUAAAAUUUGGUGUUUUGGUUGCAAUCAAUCCAUAAAGGUAGCUGCAUCAUGUCUAUGGAUAGACAGUUUUUAGUGGCUGUGUGUUUACUUCAGGUAGUGGGAUGCAGUAACGUCAGUCAAAGACACGAGUUUUUUGAUGUCAUUCUUAACGAAGACUACGAUCCCCGGGUGCCCCCAUUACUUAGAGAUGACCCUGUUCUUAACACCAUCCAACUGUACAUUCUGGGGAUAGACUCCAUCAGUGCAAGUACAAUGGACUUCAAGAUGAGCUUCUUCAUUCGUCAGAGAUGGUAUGACAACAGAUUGGCAUACAGAGGUCUCCUUGACAUCCCAAAGGUCGAGUUGGAUACGCGUGUUAUGUCCAAUGUAUGGGUUCCUGAUCUUUAUAUAAAGAACGAAAAAAAAGCGAAUACUCAUACAGUCACUGUUCCAAAUAAAUUAAUGCACAUAUACCCGGACGGUCUGGUUGUAUACAGCAUGAGGGUAACAGGGACAUUUUCUUGCCAAAUGUACUUACACAAAUACCCACUAGAUCAACAGACAUGCUCAAUACAGAUGGAAAGUUAUGGUUACAGCACAGACACUCUCAAGUUUCAAUGGAAUGACAUUCCACUGGUUCAACGACCAAACUUAACAUUGCCACAGUUCGAAAUUGGACACAUAUCUAAUCAUACAUGUGACAUCACUUACGCUAACGGUAAUUCUUCCGUUACUUUUACAUGUUUGGGUAUUGACAUCGAGAUGAGCCGUGCGUAUGGAUACUAUAUUACACAAGUGUACAUCCCAAGUUUUCUUAUCGUCUGCUUGUCUUGGGUGUCAUUUUGGCUGAAUAUUGACGCAAUUCCAGCCCGAAUUUCCUUGGGUUUGUUGACUAUUCUUACAAUGACGACUCAGAGCUCUGGAGCACGUGCCACCCUUCCACGCGUAUCUUACAUAAAAGCUAUAGACGUCUGGAUGGCAACAUGCUUAGUGUUCGUUUUUGCUGCUCUGAUUGAAUUUUCUUACGUUAAUGUAAAGGCAAGGGUUCAACAACGAAGGAAGUCUUCUGUGAAGGAGUUACCCCUUCUUCUGCAUAGAAAGGAAGAUGAUAGCAAAGAGAAGACGCAGUUAGACAGCAAAUGUCGAGACGAAGCGAGACGUGUCGAUAAAUUGUCUAGAAUUAUAUUUCCUCUAGUUUUCCUUUGUUUUAACAUCGUUUAUUGGUCUGUCUAUUCUGUUUGGGUUCCAGAAAUGCAAAAGAAGGACUGAUACAUCAAUAUUAUUGUAAAAGUUUCAAUCCUGUUUUGAUACUCCACAACCUUGAAAUGGACCCGUCAUUCCAUGUGUCAUUCUGUCAAUCAUAAUCAUCAUUAUAUGAAUAUAUUUUAUACUUGUUGCUGAAAGUCGCUAUUGUAUCACUACAUAAUCCAGGCACAGCGGACAAAAGUCGUCAAGAUUACCAAUUUCUAUGGAAUACCUUUCGUCUAUUAAAUGGACAAUUUUUAUUGUGAUGAUUUUUUUAUCUCUAUAUGUACAAUACUACAUGGUGAAAGCUUAUAAUACUCUUAUACAUUCUCAUUUUUUUCACACAUUAUUAUUUUAUGAUAAAACUUUACCACUA